AAAGGACAUUUCUCCUCCUCUUGUCAAUUUCGCAGCUUCCAGCUUCGCGAGCUCGGGAUCUCUGAUCUCGUUCGUUCACACACACGUGAGGGCGGUUUCGGAAGGUAACCGGGUCCGUCAUGCUGUGUGAGGCAUAGAUAUUAGAAAGCUAGAUGCCGCCCUGUCUAUUGAUUUGAGCCCAAUGCGGUAUCUAGUUGUGUAUAUCUCUGGUUGGAGGAGCAAAGAAACGCUGCAUCGCAUAGUAAGGAACUGGCUCAGAGUUAUAGAAGUAUUUUGUCGUGUUUAGUUGCAGCCUACAAUGACAGAACCAUUUUCCAUGUGUGCUUACUUACUUCUGGAUCCCUGGCUCUCCAUUUGCAUCCUCCCUGGUGCCAAGCAGUGUGUUCAUGAAGAGUGACGACUCCUCUCUCUAAUCAACACACACACACACACGCACACACACACGCACAAGACGAAGACUGAGGACUCCAUGGAUCAGCAUGCUCCUCCCUCUGAGAACAGAUGGACACCAGAGGAGGCAGAGAUCCACGAGAAACUCAAAUCCACUCUGAAGAGCAAGUUUGAGCAGCUGGUUGAGGGAGUACCCAAUCAGGGAGGCCCCAGACUCCUCCAAGAGAUCUACACAGACCUCUACGUCACAGAGGGGGGAGGAGGAGGGGGGGUCAGUGAUGAACAUGAGGUCAGACGGAUAGAGAGGGCAUUCUGGAGAGAACCAGAAGAUGACCGACCAAUCAAAUGCAGUGACAUAUUUCAGCCCUCACCUGGACCACUCAAGCCAGUCAGAACAGUGCUGACGAAGGGAGUGGCUGGCAUCGGGAAAACACUCUCUGUGCAGAAGUUCAUUCUUGACUGGGCUGAAGGAACAGCCUAUCAGGAAGUCCACUUCAUAUUUCCUCUUCCUUUCCGGGAGCUGAACCUGAUGAAGGAGAAGAAACUCAGUCUGAUGGAGCUCAUUCAACUUUUUUUCCCUGAAGUAAAAAUCCCAAGAAUCUUCAGCAGUUCAGAGCACAGAAUCGUGUUCAUCUUUGAUGGUCUGGAUGAGUGUCGACUUCCUCUAGAUUUCCGCUCCAACCCAAGAUGUUGUGAUGCAACAGAGCCAGUCUCAGUGGAUGUGUUGCUGACAAACCUCAUCAAGGGGGAUCUGCUUCCCUCUGCUCUCCUCUGGAUCACCACCCGACCAGCAGCAGCCAAUCAGAUCCCUCCUGAGUUUGUGAAUCAGGUGACCGAAAUAUGGGGAUUCAACGACCCACAGAAGGAUGAGUACUUCAGGAAGAGAAUCAGUGAUGAGAACCUGGCCAGCAGAACAGUCACACACCUGAAGUCAACCAGGAGCCUCUACAUCAUGUGCCACAUUCCAGUCUUCUGCUGGAUUACAGCAACUGUUGUGGAGAGAACAUCAGAAUCAGAGAGAGUAAAAAUGCCACGGACUCUCACUCAAAUGUACACACACUUCUUGAUAGUUCAGACAAGCAUCAAGCAGAAGUACACAGAGAGAAAAGAGGCCGAUGAAGAGGUGAUUUUCCAACUGGGGAAACUGGCUUUCCAACAGCUGGAGAAGGGCAAUCUGAUCUUCUAUGAGGAGGACCUGAGAGAGUGUGGCAUUGACGUGACAGAAGCAUCAGUGUACUCAGGAGUGUGUACCCAGAUCUUCAGAGAGGAGGCUGGGCUGUGCCACGGGAGGGUGUUCAGCUUUGUGCAUCUGAGCAUCCAGGAGUUUCUUGCAGCUCUGUAUGUGUUCCUCUGCUUCAGCAACAGACAGAGAAACAUACCUGACCAACAGCAAACCUCUCAGCUCUCUGCUCUGUUCACAGCUACAACACUUCAUGACCUACACAAGACUGCAGUGGACCUGGCCUUACAGAGUAAGAAAGGACACCUGGACCUUUUCCUCCGCUUCCUUCUGGGCCUCUCACUGGAGUCCAAUCAGAGUCUCUUAUUAAAACACCUACUGCCACAGACAAGCCAACCACAGAGCUUAGAGAACACAGUCCAGUACAUCAAACAGAAGAUCAGAGAUCAAGAUUUUUUGCAUAGAAGUAUCAACCUGUUCUGCUGUCUGAAUGAGCUGAAUCACCAUGCUGUAGUGGAGCUCAUUGACAGGAGCUCAGGAACUCUGCAUAUAGACAUGCUCUCACCGGUACACUGGGGGACUCAGAGAUUUACCUUCAAGAUGUCAGAAGAGCAGCUGGAUGAGUUUGACCUGCAGAAGCACAUAAAGACACCAGAGGAAGACCAGACUGAACUCCUCAGUCCAGAGGAAGCUCUUCAGAAGCUACUGCCAGUGGUCACAACAUCCACAUCAGCUGUGCUGUACUGUUGUUCCCUCACAGAGAAGAGUUGUGCUGCGUUAUCAGGUGCCAGUUCCACCUGCUGCAGUCUGAGGGAGCUGGACCUGAGUGGGAACAGUGUUCAUGAUGCAGGAGUUCAACACCUCACACACUUCCUCAAGAAUCCCCACUGCAAACUGGAGACACUAAUGCUGGAGGGGUGUUCCCUCACAGAGGAGAGCUGUUCUUAUUUAGCGUCGGCCAUCAGCUCACCCUGCUGCAGUCUGAGGGAACUGCACCUCAUCGGGAAUGAGCUCCAUGAUGCUGGAGUCCAGCACCUCACACACUCCCUCCACAAUCCCCACUGCAAACUGGAGAAACUAGUGCUGGGUUGGUGUUCCCUCACAGAGAAGAGUUGUGCUGCUUUAUCAGGUGCCAGUUCCACCUGCUGCAGUCUGAGGGAGCUGGACCUGAGUGGGAACAGUGUUCAUGAUGCAGGAGUUCAACACCUCACACACUUCCUCAAGAAUCCCCACUGCAAACUGGAGACACUAAUGCUGAGUGGCUGUUCCCUCACAGAGAAGAGUUGUGCUGCGUUAUCAGGUGCCAGUUCCACCUGCUGCAGUCUGAGGGAGCUGGACCUGAGUGAGAACAGUGUUCAUGAUGCAGGAGUUCAACACCUCACACACUUCCUCAAGAAUCCACACUGCAAACUGGAGAAACUAACUUUGGAGCGCUGUUCCCUCACAGAGAAGAGUUGUGCUGCUUUAUCAGGUGUGUGUUCCACCCCCUGCUGUCUGAAGGAGCUGAAUCUGAGCAGAAACAAACUCCAUGAUGAAGGAGCUCAGCACCUCACAACACUCCUGAACAAGCCCCACUGCAGACUAGAGAAACUAGUGCUGAGCGGUUGUUCCCUCAGGCAGAGGAGCUGUGGUCUCCUAGUCUCUGUGGUCGGCUCUCCCUCCUGCUCUCUGAAGGAGCUGAACCUGAGGAGCAACCACUUCACACACACACAGCCCCUAGCCUGCCUCCUCAGCAACCCCCACUGCCAACUACACACACUAGUAUACUAAGGAGAGCUGUGAAUUCUACCAAGCUUGUGACAGGAUUUGAGAUCAAUCGUAGUGAAGGGUCUAAGUAGAGUCCUGAACAUCUGACAUGUUAACAGGAAGUGGUGAUUGGGUCCAGUGCAACAGGAAGUGGUGAUUGGGUACAAUGCAACAGGAAGUGGUGAUUGGGUACAAUGCAACAGGAAGUGAUGAUUGGGGGCAAUGCAACAGGAAGUGGGGAUUGGAUACAAUGCAACAGGAAGUGAUGAUUGGGGGCAAUGCAACAGGAAGUGAUGAUUGGGGGCAAUGCAACAGAAAGUGGUGAUUGGGUCCAGUGCAACAGGAAGUGGUGAUUGGGUACAAUGCAACAGGAAGUGGUGAUUGGGGCAAUGCAACAGGAAGUGGUGAUUGGGUGCAAUGCAACAGGAAGUGGUGAUUGGGGACAAUGCAACAGGAAGUGAUGAUUGGGUGCAAUGCAACAGGAAGUGGUGAUUGGGGACAAUGCAACAGGAAGUGGUGAUUGGGUGCAAUGCAACAGGAAGUGGUGAUUGGGGACAAUACAUUUUCUCUGUUUACUUUGUGUAAAUUAAAGUCACUGAGUCUGUGACUGCUUGAGGACUUUUGUUUAUUUGAUGGUAAACGAACUUGCAAUAGGCGAAUCAUUCACCUAGCAUAGCCAUACCGCAUAGAUGUAGCGUUCACCAAGCGUAGCCAUACCGCAUAGAUGUAGCUAUUCGUUCACCUAGCAUAGCCAGCUAUACCGCAUAGAUGUAGCGUUCACCUAGCAUGGCUAGCCAUACCGCAUAGAUGUAGCGUUCACCUAGCAUAGCUAGCCAUACCAUAUUUUCUGGUGGAGAAAUCGGAAUAUUACAUGUGAAAGAGGGGUCAAGGAAAAUACACACGGCUGAGUAUUAGAUUUUUUAAGUCCCUUAAUUGCUCUAAAAAGCCUUUCAAACGCGUCAAUGAUGUCAUUCAUUAGCAGGGUGCUAGUGUGUUAUGGGCAACAACGACCAAGCCUGUGAGAAACCAAAGGGCCAUAAGUAAUUGUUAAUUCAACUUUCGGCCCAUAACCCAUAUUGAGCUUGCAGAAACUAAAAUCCAAUCUUCGAUUUUUUUAAUGACCAUCAGGUGAAACAGACCAAUUUAGCUGUCUAGCCCCAUAGACCCCCAUUAUUUGAUCACUUGCUCAUGAUCGCCCCUAGUGGAACUGCAACAGGAACUGCAGGUACAAUGCAGGUACAAUGGAGUUAAUAGCGAGUGGACCGGCUCUCCAUAAAUGGGCUCUGACACAGCCCAUGUCAGUCCUUCUCAUGUCACUUCCUGUUGUGUUCUGUUUCCUGUUGUCAUGUCCGUGCAUCGAUGCAUCUUUUUUGCCCUCAGAUAUCCCAUAAUCCAUUGCGCAGCGCAGGUCAAGCUCCACACGUCAUGCAAAUCGUCAACACCCCCCCCUCCCCGAGUCAGGUGACGCCAACUAGUUAGUGCUGUCCAAAUGUAGGUAGGGACGCACACUGAGGAGCAAGCUAACUAAUACGCUACUGGGAAGAAGGUACUACCCAGCGUGCACACUUGACUUCUGGACACAGCCCUUGUCUACCCUUGUUGUGCUUUUGUUCCUUGACCCGAUCCCAUGUCAGUCCUUCUCAUGUCACUUCCUGUUGUGUUCUGUUUCCUGUUGUCAUGUCCUUGUCUACCCUUGUUGUGCUUUUGUUCCUUGACCCGAUCCCUCACCUGAGCCUUGUUCCCUGAUUAUUGCAUUGUUCCUUUCACCUGUGUCUUGUUAGUCGUGUCAAGUUCUGUGUAUUUAAACCCUGUCUCUACUUGAGUUCUUUGCUGGAUUAUUUUGAGUCUUUCAGUCCUUGUCAAGUCUGUAUCGUAAGUGUCUGUGCCAAGUCUUGAGUUUUGACUGUUUUUGGAUUUCCUUUUGCCUUUUGGAAUUUAAUUAAGUUUAAGAGUAUUGGACUAUUUUUGCCUUGCCUGUUUUGUGGGGUUUGUUUUUGCCCUGUCUGAAACCUUAUUUUUGGAACAACCAUUUUGAAGCUGAGCUGACAUUAAAGUCUUUUCCCCUACA